CAGGACCCCGGCACCUACCCAUGCCUAGGUGAGUUCGCGUGAGCCGCCGCCGCCGCCGUCCCGUCCCCGCCGCCGCCCCGCGCGGCCCCGCCGCCGGCCAGGAUGCUGGAGGAAGCAGGAGAGGUGCUGGAGAACAUGCUAAAGGCGUCGUGCCUGCCGCUCGGCUUCAUCGUCUUCCUGCCCGCCGUGCUGCUGCUCGUGGCGCCGCCGCUGCCCGCCGCCGACGCGGCGCACGAGUUCACCGUGUACCGCAUGCAGCAGUACGACCUGCAGGGACAACCCUACGGCACGCGGAACGCGGUGCUUAACACGGAGGCGCGCACCAUCGACGCGGACGUGCUGAGCCGGCGCUGCGUGCUCAUGCGGCUGCUGGACUUCUCGUAUGAGCGCUACCAGCGUGCCCUACGCCAGUCGGCUGGUGCCGUGGUCAUCAUCCUGCCGCGGGCCAUGGCCGCGGUGCCGCAGGACGUCAUCCGGCAAUUCAUGGAGAUCGAGCCCGAGAUGCUGGCCAUGGAGACCAUCGUGCCCGUGUACUUCGCUGUGGAGGACGACGCCCUGCUGUCCAUCUACGAGCAGACGCAGGCUGCGUCCGCCUCCCAGGGCUCUGCCUCUGCCGCCGAAGGGUUUGGAAGAAGUUGCGGACAUACUACGGUUCCUGAGAGGCACUCUCCCAGCUCCCCCAGUGAUGACACCUCCCAUGGCCAUCACGAUUGUGUGCUGCUGCACACCGCCACCGCCAACGGCUUCCAGAUGGUCACCAGCGGGGUCCAGAGCAAGGCCGUGAGCGACUGGCUCAUCACCAGCGUGGAGGGGCGGCUGACCGGGCUAGGCGGAGAGGACCUGCCCACCAUCGUCAUCGUGGCCCACUACGAUGCCUUCGGGGUGGCCCCGUGGCUGUCGCACGGCGCAGACUCCAACGGGAGUGGCAUCUCCGUGCUGCUGGAGCUCACCCGUCUCUUCUCCAGGCUCUAUACCUACAAGCGCACCCACGCCGCGUACAACCUCCUGUUCUUUGCGUCUGGAGGAGGAAAGUUCAACUACCAGGGCACCAAGCGCUGGUUAGAAGACAACCUGGACCACACAGAUUCCAGCCUGCUCCAGGACAACGUGGCCUUCGUCCUCUGCCUGGACACCCUGGGCCGGGGGGACAGCCUGCACCUGCACGUGUCCAAGCCACCCAGGGAGGGGACACUACAGCACUCCUUUCUGCGGGAGCUCGAGACGGUAGCCGCCCACCAGUUCCCCGAGGUGCGGUUCUCCAUGGUGCACAAGAAGAUCAACCUGGCAGAGGACAUCCUGGCCUGGGAGCAUGAGCGCUUCGCCAUCCGCCGGCUGCCUGCCUUCACCCUGUCCCAUCUGGAGAGCCACCGUGACGGCCAGCGCAGCAGCAUCAUGGACGUGCGGUCCCGGGUUGACUCCAAAACCCUGACCCGAAACACGAGGCUGAUCGCCGAGGCCCUGACCCGUGUCAUCUACAACCUGACGGAGAAGGGGACGCCCCCGGACAUGCCAGUCUUCACGGAGCAGAUGCAGGUCCAGCGGGAACAGCUGGACUCGGUGAUGGACUGGCUGACCGCCCAACCGCGGGCCGCCCAGCUGGUAGGCAAGGACGGCACGUUCCUCAGCACGUUGCAGCACCACCUCAGCCACUACCUGAAGGAGGUCAGGCCGCACCACGUCAAGGCCGACAAGCGGGACCCUGAGUUUGUCUUCUACGACCAGCUGAAGCAGGUGAUGAACGCCUACAGGGUCAAGCCGGCCAUUUUUGACCUGCUUCUGGCCGUCUGCAUUGGCGCCUACCUCGGGAUGGCCUACACGGCGGUCCAGCACUUCGACCUGCUGUACAAAACAGUUCAGAGACUGCUGAAGGCCAAGACGCAGUGACGCGGCUGCUCGGCGCCGGCAGGAGGGCAGGGCCUUGCCCCUCGGCGGCUGUAACCCUGAAUUACAGAGCUUUUCUGUGUUGCUCUUGAGGAUUUGGGGGCUUCUUUCUCUUGUUUAUCCUUUGAGCUCCCUCGGAGGAGCGCUGGUGGAGGUCUGGUCUGGGGCCUGGCCACGGACUCGGGGACAGACGUGUGGAUGAACCCCUGCCCUGGAGUCGGCCCCGUGGCCCUUGGGGCGCGUAAGCCACGCCAGGAAAGACGAGCCGUGCCCAGCUCAGCCUCAGCCUCACCCCCGCCCGUGAUGCUGACCGUGGACCUGAUGGUCGCAGGCCAACAGGGUCAGGGCCAGGCCACCCCCGUGCUGGCUCUGCAUCUGACCUCGAGGCUGUCCCCACCCCCUCUGUCGACCCGGGUACUCUCUUCCCUCCCGUCUGGAGAGGGUGGCCCCGCCUCUGGGUCUCCGGGUUCUGGCCGCUCCCUCACAGCCUUGUACCCUCACCCAGCCGGCCCUGGGACGCGACUCCCCUGAGCCCCCUUGGGCGGCUGGUGCCUUGAACACCUGGCAGCCUCCCCAGGGGCCCUUGCACUGCUCACCCUGCUUCGCGCUGCCCCUGCCCCGGACUCUUGGGGCUCCGCGCUCAGCCUGUCCCCCUGCGGAGCCCCGGGGGUGGGGGCGGCCCCUCUGCCCCUUUCCCUGGGCCUUGGUUUCCUCACAUGCGAGGAGGAGAAUGCUUUCGGGGGGAGUGGGCACCCCCCCACCCCAGGAGGAGACGUGACCAUGGGAGCAGCUCUUCCUGGGGCCCUGAGGGGGCGGGUCCGGGCCUGAGCCCCACAAACCAGGUGCCUGUUGGGGCCUGAGCCGCUUGGAAGGGGAGGAGCGGGCAGGGCUGGGACUGACCUCAGGGAGACCCAGGUGUUCAGAUUCAUUAGCAAUACAGUCAGUUAAGUGUUGAGUGCUGGGGGGCCAGGGUCCAGGAGAGGGGACUCCAGGGGCCUCCUGGCCACCAGGGAGGGCUCGCCUGCCUUCCAGUUCUGAGGGGCCUGGCGGGGCUGGGGACUGGCUCGCUCCCAAAGCCGCCCGACGCUCACUGGAGGGAACGGUCUCCUGGGGGCUCCUGGCUCGGCUGACCGUCCUGUCAGGCCUGGGAGGGGCAGGCGUGGAGGCUGCAGGUCCUCUGUCUCGUCCCACCCUCUCCCUGCCCGGUGGCCCGUCUCCCCCAAAGACUGUUUACUGAGUGCCCGGCCACCUCUGGGGCAGGAAUGGGCCCGGCCCCGCCCGGCCCAUCCUAUCCUUCCCCAUGUGUGAGUGUGUGAGCCGUGGACGAGCUGUGGUUGCCGCGUGAGCGUCCUUCCUCCCCAGGGCACAUGGUCAGGAUCGCUGACCAGUUGGAGCUCAGGAUGCUUGUGGGACGCGGCCGGACGAUCAGAAAUAAAGCCAUAAUGAAUGACA